AUGGAGAGGCAAGAGGAGUUAGGAAAUGUUCCGAGAUGGGAGAAGAUGGAUAAAGACAUACUUUCAAACAUUUUCACGAAGCUCGACGUAGUGAACGUUAUCAUGGGAGCAUCACGAGUGUGCAUCACUUGGUUCCUUGCCUCUCACAACAAAACCAUAUGGAACACCAUCAAACUCAACGAUAUUGAUUCCAUCAUUUUUGAUAACCCCUAUGGGCCUUAUAUGCAGGAUAAUGAUAGAGAAAGACAUCGGUACCAACUUAAGAAGAUCUUGAUUGAGAUCAACAAAUUCGGCCGUACUGUCCCGGCAAACUUCUUCUUCAACGUAUUUUCCUAUGUAGUAGAAGAGGAUCUCGCGAUCAUUUCUAAGGGGAUGCCAAACAUCCGAAAACUUGCGUUACCAAUGUGGAAAAAUCUAAGUCUGAAUUCAAUUCAGUCAGCAUUUAGUAAAUGGAAGAAUCUCCUCUUAUGCCUGUAUAGAAGCAUCAAAAUCGCUCAUCAUCGGUCUUCCAAACCUCGA